AUGGAGUCAAUUCGCCAACGCCGCGAUAUCCGUAGAAAGCUCGAGCAACAAUUCGUUACAAAGCAUGAGAAACCCGACGAUGUCUGGACCCACGAGGGCCGCUAUCAUUACCGCGAAGGAGAAAUCCACACGGAACCUCGCGAGCCGACUGAUGAUCUGGGUGCUGCACGAAGGAGGGAGCAUGGCCAGCGCACUUUUAUAACUGGGCCAUCUCUUCAACCUCGCCAUACCGUUCAAUCACAUAUCGAGCGCGAAGGAGAUGUCGAGGGCGCAGAAUACGAUCCGGAAAUCCCAACCGAGCCACAUACCAUCAAUUCAGCAGAGACACUAGGAAAUACGGCUGAUAUUAUGGUGACUGGCGUUGAAAGAACCCGACCGGGUGAUAGUGAAUCGGAUAUUGAGACAUUGAAAAGGAAAAAACUCAUUAUCGUCACAUUUGAAGGUGACUGUGACACCAUGGAUCCUCACAACUGGUCUUUCAAACGUCGGCUGUUCACAACUAUCAUCACUUCACUUACUGGAUGUGUGAUCUUCUGGUCAUCCACGAUCGAUUCCACUGCUCUCACAACAGCCAGGGCAUUGUUUCAUACUAGCUUUGAGAUCCAGACUUUGCCGACUACUAUGUUUCUGAUUGGUUCUGGACUAGGCGCAUUGAUAACAGGACCUAUAUCAGAAGUCGUCGGACGCAACCCCGUGUACAUACCCACCAUGAUCGGUUUCAUGUUGUUCGACAUGGGCGCAGGGUUUGCCCAAUCAGUGGUACAGCGAAUUGUUUGCCGCGGUCUAGCUGGAUUCUUCGGGUCUGCCCCGGCGCUUCUAGCAGGAGCCUCCAUCGUGGACGUCUGGACACGUAUUGAACGAGUCUACACCUAUCCGAUCUUUGCGAUAAUCAUUUUUACAGGUCCAUUGGUGGGUCCAGUACCAGGAUCGUUCGCAGUCCAUUCUAAAUCAGUAAGCUGGCGCUGGGUGGACUGGAUGACUAUAAUCUUCGCAGGACUUGUCUUGAUCCCACUUGUGCUGUUCCUGCCCGAGACUUAUGGCCCGAUCCUACUAUAUUGGAAAGCGAAAGAGCUCCGACGCCUAACAGGCGACGACCGCUACCGGUCCCCGCUGGAGUUUAGAAAAGCCACAUUCGCUCACCGCAUGCGUAUAUCACUGUAUCGACCACUUGUGCUUUUUGUCACAGAACCAAUCAUCAUGAUCCACGCACUCUCCCUCUCCCUCCUCUUCUUGAUCCUGUACACCUUCAUCGCGGGCUACGUCUCCAUCUAUGCGAUAGCAAACCACUUCAAGCCGACCUCGACCUCGCUCGCGUUCCUGGGCAUUGAAGUCGGAGUCCUUCUUUCUGCGUUGACCAUGCCGGUUUCAAUGUGGCUUCUCCGUAAAGAGAUCUAUCGCAGCCGUGCGAGGGGCCAAAAGCGCCCCAACCCAGAGAUCAGUCUGUACAUGGCUAUGUUUGGUGCGCCUUUUGUCCCCAUCUCGCUAUUCUGGAUGGGCUGGACGGCCAGGCUCUCAAUUUCGUUCUGGAGCCCGCUUAUCGCUUCGGUAUUCUUUGGCUUUGGGACAUUGUGUGUUUUCGUCUCGGGGUACCAGUACGUCGCCGAUGUGUUCGAGGCACAUGCUGCAAGCGCGCUUUCCUGUCUUCAAAUGCUGCGGCUUGUUGCUGCCGGUAUUAUGGCUACGAUCGCGGAAAUCAUGUAUAAGCAACUUGGCGUUUCAUGGGCGUUGACUCUCUUGGGUUGCAUUUCGUUGUUGUUUGUGCCGGUGCCUUAUUUACUCUACUGGAAGGGGCAUAAAAUACGUACAUGGAGUCGGUAUGCGCGCAGGAAUGAACCGGUUUGA